AUGGAGCUGAUGAAUGUCCUCUUUAUCGUCAGACAGGUCUCCCUGCCAUUGAGCUAUACAGACAGAAUUUACCAUCAAAGGCAGCACCUGCGCCCGGGGCCGGCGCGCACCUGGGCGGGGAGAGCCGUGGAGGGGCCGGGCCGGGCCGGGCCGGGCCGGGCCCGUCGCGUCCGUCCGCGCUGCCCGGGCGCGGCCGAGCCGCGGGGCUGCGCUCGGGGACGCGGCGGCGGCGGCGGCGGCUCCGCGCGAAAGCUAUUUCAGCAGGAAGGAAUACGUGUAAGAGAGGAGAUGUCUCAUGCUGGGGGACAAUACAAAGAUAAGCGCUGCUUGAACCGUGAGAAUCAUGGAUCCGAUCGAUACAAGGAGGACAGCCGAUCACGGAAACCCUACCCAUGCAGUAAAAGAGCAACAGAAGACAGCCGGGGUGGUCAGUAUGCAAGGGCUUCCACCGUUUCCUCGGACCCUUACCAUAAAACCUCAGGAGCAGCACCGGAAUAUUUUGACCCACCUCCGCAAUGUUAUCCUUCCAAGGAAACCUUCUCGAUGAAGUGUUCAAAGGUGUGCACGACAAGAGGCAUUUUGAAAUUCGUGGAAAUCACGGUUAACCUCCUGGUGCUGAUUUGCGUGGGUGCUGCCCACGCCGCCGUUGCCGGCUUCACGUCCCUCGGGGGCUUGGGCUCCUUCAACCUGAACUCGGCCUACAGCCCCUUUGAGGGGACCGAGCUGCGGGAGGUGAGAGAGCUGGACAUGCAGUUCACCCAGAUGAGAGCCCCGUGCGUGUACGGCGGAGUAGCCUUCAGCUUAACGGCAGCCUCGCUCACCCUCCUCUUCCUCGUCGCGGGGGCAAAGCCCAUCCAGCGCCUCACCGUGGGGCUGCUCGCAGGCGAAUGCGCCUUCAGCCUGCUGGCCGCCCUCGGGUACGUCGCGGCCGUCGGCCUCUACUUGCAUUUCGUCACGCAGGUGAACGCGACGGAGGUUUGCAAGAGGCGGGAGAGGCUGUACGCGCGCCGCGGUUACACCUCCAUGAGUUGCGCGGUCCAGGGCGGCGACGCGGCCGUCGGCCUCUUCGGCGUCGCCGCCGCCUGCCUGUACGCGGCCAGCUCCGCCGUCUGCGUCCUCGCCGUUCGAAGCGUCCGGGCUUUCCGGAGCCGCGCCGCCGGGGCUGGGGGCGGCCCCGGGAGAGACGGCAGCGCCCGGGAGCGCCGCCCGGCCCGCCACAGCCCUGAGCCGCCCCGCCGCCCCCCGGCUCUCGCCACGCUGGUGUGA